UCGCUGGGAAAGUUUUCUUCCAUGCUCUUGACGCAGCAGCACGCUGCGAUUUCCAGCUGCCAUUUCGUUGUUUGUCGUGGAUUGCUUGCCCGAUUUUGUAAUUAGCUACGCAUCCUCAGCACUUCUGUGCGACGAGGUCGGGAUUUCACUCGCAUUGAAAUUUGUACCUCGCGGAGGUCGCUUGUCUAUGAUCGAGGUCACAUGAAUACAGUAGAGCCGAGGUAGAAACAAUGAGGUUGGGGAACAAGGUCCAGCGUUUCUACUGAAUUCGACCUCCCUUCUUUUCAUAUGAAUCUGUUUUCGUUGCUACAGAUAAUUCAUGGUCGAAAAAGCAGAAGACAUGGGGGACACCAAGGUUGCGUUUCUAGGAUUGGGUGCCAUGGGCCUUGGGAUGGCCACUAGUCUCCUCCGAGCAGGAUUUAAGGUUAAUGGUUUUGAUAUCUCAGAGGUUCAGUUAUCCAAGUUCCAGGAGGCUGGUGGAUUGACAAGCAGCAGCCCAGCAGGUUCAGUGGAAGGUGCCAAUAUCGUCGUGUUAUCCGUGGUGAACUCCGCACAAGUUGAUGAGGCUCUUUUCGGACCCGAAGGGAUUGUUUCUGCGGCAGCCAGUGGAACACUGAUCAUAGUGUGCUCUACAGUACCGCCAGCCUACAUACAGAAUUUGGAAAAGCGCCUCUUAGAGCAAGGGUUAUUAUUGUUGGAUGCACCCGUAUCCGGAGGAGCUGAGAAAGCAGCGGCAGGAACAUUGACGAUAAUGGCAGCUGGGUCUGACCAUGCAUUGAAAAUAGCCAGGCCUGUACUCUCUGCCAUGAGCGAAAAACUUUAUAUUGUUGAGGGUGGCAUAGGAGCGGGCAGCAAAAUGAAGCUUGUGAACAAUUUAAUGUUUGGAAUUCAUCUUGCUACGGCAGCAGAGGCUAUAGCAUUGGGCGCACGGGCUGGCCUCAACGUACGCAAACUCUUUGAUAUCAUCUCAACUGCUGCUGGCAACUCCUGGGCAUUCUCUAAUCGAGUUCCACACAUGCUAGAUGCCGAUUAUUCACCAAAGUCAGCUCUUGAUUUACUUGCGAAAGACUUUGGAAUAAUAAUGGAUGAAGCAAAAGCGCUGCGAUUUCCCCUGCCUUUGGGCUCCGUAGCUAGUCAGCAGGUUCUAAUGGGUACUGCAUGUGGUUAUGGUCGAAUUGACGAUGCAGCGGUUGUUAAGAUAUGGGAGAAAAUGAUGGAAUUAAGUGUAGCCUCCCCAAAAGAUUCCACAAACGUGACAGAGGAGGAGGCUGUGGCCGAUUCAGUUGGUCCUGUUCCUGUGGCAUUCAUCGGAUUAGGAGCUAUGGGCUUUGGAAUGGCUUCCUGGCUCGUUCACGAGGGGUUUAGCGUCUGUGGCUAUGAUGUGUACCCGCCAAGUCUAGAACGGUUUGUGAAAGUAGGAGGGAAAGCUAGUUCUAGUCCAGAAGAAGCAGUUAAAGGUGCACAAGUGGUUGUCAUCAUGGUAACCAACCAAGACCAAGCCCAAAGUGUUCUGUACGGCCCCAAUGGGGCUGUUCCAGCAUUGGCAAAAGGUGCAGUCGUAGUGGUGUGUUCAACAGUAUCGCCCGAUUACGUACGCCAGCUCGAGGGGCAUUUAAAAGGAGAGGGAAGAGAUUUAAUGCUGGUGGAUGCUCCAGUAUCGGGAGGUGUCGCAAGAGCUGCCAACGGGACCCUGACUAUAAUGGCGGCUGGCUCCAACACGGCCCUGCACGGAGCCGGUUCAGUACUUAAAGCAAUGAGCGAGAAUUUGUACAUUAUUCAAGGAGGAGUUGGGGCUGGCAGCACGGUGAAGAUGGUUAAUCAGCUGCUUGCUGGAGUGCAUAUUGCAUCUGCCGCUGAGGGCAUGGCGUUUGGAGCUCGGCUUGGCUUGAAUACUCGCCUCAUUUAUGACAUUGUGUCAUGUUCCUCUGGAUCUUCCUGGAUGUUUAUAAAUCGAGUGCCUCACAUGCUCGAUGACGAUUACACACCAUACUCUGCACUUGAUAUCUUUGUUAAGGAUCUGGGGAUAGUUGCAGGAGAAGCUAAGCGCUUGAACCUUCCAGUACCACUGGCUUCUUCAGCUUUGCAGCAAUUUCUUUCUGGAUCUGCGGCUGGCCUUGGUAGGCAGGACGAUGCUGCAGUUGUAAAGGUGUUUGAGAAGUUAACGGGAGUGACUGUUGCGGCUCCCAAGGUUCCUCUGCCGACCCCAAGUGGUGAUGCCAACAAUACCUGCAACAUCACAAAAUGUGAAAAACUUGAAAAAGACGCCACUUUGCAGGCACUUCCAGAGGAGUGGCCUGAGGAUGUAGUAGAGGAAAUUUUGAAGGAUGAGAAGGAGGGUCGUGCUAAGGUGCUUGUUGUGCUGGAUGAUGAUCCCACCGGUACUCAGACUGUGCAUGGAGUGUCAGUACUUACGGAAUGGAGUAUUGACUCAUUAAUAAAGGAGUUUAAAAGCUCUCCCGACUGUUUCUUCAUCCUCACCAACUCACGGGCGCUUGGUACCGACGAGGCUGUUGCUCUGACGAAAGAAAUAUGUAGAAACGUAGAUGAGGCAGCUACAGCAGCUGGCAAUACUGGCUACACAAUUGUUCUUCGUGGUGAUUCCACCCUUCGUGGCCAUUUUCCUCAGGAACCAGAUGCCGCAGCAUCUGUAAUUGGAGAAGUUGACGCAUGGCUGAUCUGUCCAUUCUUCCUACAAGGAGGCCGAUACACCAUCAAUGAUGUUCACUACGUUGUAGAUGGAAACACGCUCGUUCCAGCUGGAGACACGGAAUUUGCGAAGGAUGCCGUUUUUGGCUACAAGGCUUCAAACAUUCGUGAGUGGGUAGAGGAAAAGACGGGAGGUCGGUGGAAAGCCAAGGACGUGGCAUCUGUUUCCAUUGAAACCCUUCGUAAAGGUGGUCCAUCAGCCGUUUGUAAACAACUCUGUGAAUUACCUCAGGGAUCAGUUUGUGUUGUGAAUGCGGCUAGCAACCGUGACAUUGAGGUUUUCUCGGCUGGCAUGAUCCAGGCUGAAGAGAAAGGGAAGAGGUUUCUCUGUCGCACUGCAGCAGCCUUUGUGUCAGCGAGGAUUGGGCAUCGUCCAUGCCUGGUCAAUCCACAUGAUCUUGGCAUAGAUUCCCAACCAAGUGGGCUUAACGGGGGCCUUGUGGUAGUAGGCUCCUAUGUACCAAAGACUACUUCACAGGUGGAAGAGUUGAGAGCACAGUGUGGAGAUUUUCUUGAGAGUAUCACUGUUAGCGUAAGUACGUUGGCAAAAGGAUCAGUCAAGGAACGGGAAUUAGAGAUUACUCAAACCGCUAGGAUUGCUGACCGCUUGCUAUCUGCAGGGAGAGACACUCUUAUUGUGACCAGCCGAGAACUCGUGACAGGAUCAUCUGCGAAGGAGAAUCUUGAUAUUGGAAGCAAAGUAAGCUCCGCUCUGGUGGAGAUUGUGUCUCGCAUCAAGACAAGACCACGUUACCUUCUUGCUAAGGGAGGAAUUACAUCCUCAGAUUUAGCAACAAAGGCUAUGGGAGCACGGAGAGCAGAAGUGGCAGGUCAAGCACUACCCGGAGUGCCCCUUUGGAAGCUGGGGCCUGGUAGUCGCCACCCGAACAUUCCCUACAUUGUAUUUCCUGGCAACGUUGGGGGUCCGGAUGCUCUUGCUCAACUCGUGAAAAUGUGGUCACGGCCUGGUAGACCCACAACGAAAGAUAUACUUCAGGCAGCUGAAGAAGGAAGAUACGCUGUUGGCGCAUUCAACGUGUAUAACUUGGAAGGAAUUAUGGCUGUGGUAGCUGCUGCCGAGGCCGAGAAGAGUCCAGCAAUCCUCCAGAUCCAUCCUGGUUCACUUAGUCAUGGGGGGGAACCUCUUGUGGCUUGCUGUAUUGCCGCUGCUAAAACCGCUCAAGUUCCCAUAGCUGUGCACCUCGAUCACGGAAGUGAGGAAAAUGUAAUCAUGAAAGCCCUUGAACUGGGCUUUCAUUCAGUGAUGGUGGACGGUUCUCAUCUCUCCUUUGAGGACAAUUUGGCGUUAACGUGCAGAGUCGUUAAACAAGCUCAUGCUAAGGGCUUGCCUGUGGAGGCAGAGAUUGGUCGUCUAUCAGGCACUGAAGACGGCAUUACGGUUGAAGAGUACGAAGCACGGCUUACCUCUGUGGAUCAGGCUAAGACUUUCUUAGAGAAAACGAAAGUGGAUGCGCUUGCAGUAUGCAUUGGAAACGUGCACGGAAAGUAUCCAGCUAGUGGCCCGAAUCUGAAUCUCAACCUUCUGAAGGAGCUGCAUGCAGUAGCAACUGCGCAUGAAGCUGUGCUUGUUCUACAUGGAGCUUCAGGAAUCGCUACGGAUCUUGUGAAGGCUUGCAUAGAACGAGGAGUCCGAAAGUUCAAUGUGAACACAGAGGUGCGGGGCGCAUAUAUGCAAGCACUUGGAGCACCAAAGAAAGACUUGGUGGACGUUAUGAAGUCAUCUGUAGCAGCCAUGCAGGCUGUUGCUGCUGAGAAGAUGCAGAUCUUUGGAUCAUCUGGGAAAGCUCAAUGAAAUUAAACCGCCAUUCGAGUACUUGUGUUGCACAUCUUUUUGUAGAACACUUGCAGUAAAAAAUGUAACUUUUAUCUACUCGUUUUGAAAUGAGCAUGUAUUCUUCUAUACACAGCUGACGAAAGUUAAAUCAAUUUAUGAUAAAUAUCUGAGUUUAUGUGCAA